AUGUCUCGAAGGAAGAUUUCGUCGGAGUCCUUCAGCUCCCUGGGCUCCGACUACCUGGAGACCAGCCCCGAGGAGGAGGGGGAGUGCCCCUUGUCUAGACUCUGCUGGAACGGCAGCCGGAGUCCGCCCGGGCCGCCCCAGCCCAGAGCGACGGCCUCCGCCGCCCGGACCCCGACCCCGGCCGCCGCCGCCGCCGCCGCCGCCGCCGCCACGGCUGGGGCCAGGAGAGCGCAGCGCCGGAGGCGGGUCAACCUGGACUCCUUGGGCGAGAGCAUCAGCCGCCUGACGGCGCCCUCGCCCCAGAUGAUACAGCAAACUCUCAAGAGGACAUUGCAGUAUUAUGAGCACCAAGUUAUUGGUUAUAGGGAUGUAGAAAAGAAUUUCUACAAUAUCUCUAACAGAUGCUCCUAUGCAGACCAUUUCAACAAAGAAGACAUUGAAGAGGUCUCAGGAAUUCUUCAGUGUACUGCUAAUGUACUCGGUUUGAAGUUUGAGGAAAUUCAAGAAAGAUUUGGUGAGGAGUUCUUUAAUAUAUGCUUUGAUGAGAACGAGAGAGUCCUUCGAGCUGUAGGUGGCACGUUGCAGGACUUUUUUAAUGGCUUUGAUGCUUUGUUGGAACACAUUAGAACUUCUUUUGGAAAACAGGCCACUCUGGAGUCACCAUCAUUCCUAUGCAAAGAGCUCCCUGAAGGUACUCUUAUGCUCCACUACUUCCACCCUCACCACAUUGUGGGGUUUGCAAUGCUUGGAAUGAUCAAGGCUGCAGGAAAGAAGAUUUAUCGGCUGGAUGUAGAAGUGGACCAGGUUGCAAAUGAGAAACUGUGCUAUGAUGCUUCAAACCCAGCCAAUUGUAGUAGUCUUACUUUCCUUAUCAAACAGUGUGAAAAUGCUAAUAUCACGAAGAACCUUCCACAGGGAACCUCCCAAGUUCCUGCGGACCUCAGAAUUAGCAUCAACACCUUCUGUAGAGCUUUCCCUUUCCAUUUAAUGUUUGACUCCCACAUGUCAGUACUUCAGCUGGGGGAAGGCCUAAGGAAGCAGCUCCGAUGCGAUACUCACAAAGUGCUCAAGUUUGAGGACUGCUUCGAGAUCGUUUCUCCAAAGGUUAAUGCCACCUUUGAAAGGGUUCUGCUGCGACUGUCCACCCCGUUUGUGAUUAGGACCAAGCCUGAAGCUUCUGGCACUGAGAAUAAAGACAAGGUGAUGGAAGUUAAAGGACAAAUGAUCCAUGUCACAGAAUCAAAUUCCAUUUUAUUUUUGGGUUCUCCAUGUGUGGACAAGUUGGAUGAACUCAUGGGACGAGGGCUGCAUCUCUCAGACAUCCCUAUCCAUGAUGCUACCCGAGAUGUCAUUUUGGUUGGUGAGCAGGCAAAGGCCCAAGAUGGCUUAAAGAAGAGGAUGGAUAAAUUAAAAGCAACUUUAGAAAGAACUCACCAGGCCCUGGAAGAAGAGAAAAAAAAAACAGUGGAUCUUCUAUAUUCUAUUUUCCCUGGAGAUGUAGCCCAGCAGUUGUGGCAAGGGCAGCAAGUGCAGGCCAGAAAGUUUGAUGAUGUCACUAUGCUCUUUUCAGACAUUGUUGGCUUCACAGCCAUAUGUGCCCAGUGUACCCCCAUGCAAGUAAUCAGCAUGCUGAAUGAACUGUACACAAGAUUUGACCACCAAUGUGGAUUUUUGGAUAUUUAUAAGGUGGAAACAAUAGGCGAUGCAUACUGUGUUGCUGCAGGGCUCCACAGAAAAAGCCUCUGCCAUGCUAAACCCAUUGCUCUGAUGGCCCUGAAGAUGAUGGAACUUUCAGAAGAGGUGCUAACACCUGACGGAAGACCAAUUCAGCUCCAGAGAAGUGAACUUCCUCUCUUCUUUCCCACUUCCAUCCAGCAAUGUUUGGAUUGGUGUUACAGCCAAAUGGAGUUGGGUACUGAAAGAAUGAGAAUAGGCAUUCACUCAGGCUCUGUGCUGGCUGGAGUUGUUGGGGUAAGAAUGCCACGGUACUGCCUGUUUGGAAAUAAUGUCACUCUGGCAAGCAAAUUCGAAUCAGGAAGUCACCCUCGACGCAUCAAUGUCAGCCCAACAACUUACCAAUUAUUAAAACGAGAAGAAAGUUUUACAUUUAUUCCUCGGUCCCGUGAAGAGCUUCCAGACAAUUUUCCGAAGGAAAUCCCUGGGAUCUGCUAUUUCCUGGAGGUAAGAACUGGUCCUAAGCCACCAAAGCCUUCUCUUUCUUCAUCAAGAAUAAAAAAGGUUUCCUACAACAUUGGCACCAUGUUCCUCCGGGAGACAAGCCUCUGA